CUUUGUUUCCUAUUAUUUUUUUCAGACCAUUCAGUUUACAGUUUUGUGGAUAUUGUUCCUGUCGAUUGUACUUGGUAACGGAGCCGUUCUGGUGGCCUUGUCGUUCAAUAAGGCCCGCAAGAACCGAAUGAACUUUUUUAUCAUGCACCUGGCACUAGCAGCAAACGUGGUCGUCACGUACUCGUCUACGUAUGUCCUGGUCGCGCUCAGCAUCGACAGAUACGACGCCAUCACGCACCCGAUGAACUUCUCGAGUAGCUGGCGUCGGGCCAGAGCAUUGAUCGGAUGCGCUUGGAUUUUGAGUUUUGUGUUCGCCGUACCCAGCGUAUUUAUUAACGAAGAAACAAUCAUAGAAGAUACGCCGCGGUCACGUCCACGACGGGUUAACAUUGCUACAACAUUUUGCGUUUUUCAAAACAUUUUCAGGCAAGUCCCGCCAUUCAGAUGGUUGUUGUGUUGCCGGAACGGAACACAAGAGCAACUGAGCUACACGGAAACACUAACAUCGUCUAAUCGACAGGUGAACACGUCUCUGCUGCGGAACGCCACGGUACACGUGCACUCGGUGGUUAGGGCUCCUGUCUURGACCGGAUGGGCAUAUCGACGGAGAAGAACAGCUACGCCGAUUCGCUGCUUUAAGAACGCCGCACGCACUCCACGAUGUACUAUUAUUAUUAUUAUUAUUAUUAUUAACAAUAAUAUAAUGAUAUAUAUAUAUUUAUAUGAGUACAUUAUAAGAACAUAUUAUUAUUAUUAUUGAUAUUCUGUCCCCGUCCCUUUAUGCGAAUGCGUUAUUAUUACAAACUAUACAUUUCUAUAAUUAUUAAAUCAUUAUUACAUUAUGAUUAUUAUUACUACAGUAAUUACUAUUACUACCUAUUAUUAUUAUUAUUAUUAUUAUUACUAUUAUAAGUAUUAAUUUUAACUAUGCGACCUAAAACGUUAAGUAAUAUUCUGUCGACUGACUUCGUCCCUAAAAAUACAAUAUUAUUAUGUGUACAAACCUUUGAUAUAUAUGAUUAUUAUUAUGUAUUCCUUAUUGUUGCUGGAUUCCUAUUU